AGGCAUGGCUUGGCUGAGAUUCUGGCGCUGCCCCUUUAAAAAACCCAAAGAUGCUCCUGCCAGGAUGCCAGCGACAAACAAGCUCCAUCCAAUGGCAGCCCACCCUCUCCAUGAAUGGCUCGGUGGGCGCCGGGGAGGAAGAGGCUGCGAGGGAAGGAAGGAGGGAAGGAGGAGGGCAGCAACAAGUGCGCGGGUGCGCAAGCAAGCGGAGAGUCCCCCACGCAAGACCAGCCCAGGGCGUGGCAUGCCAGGGAGGGAGAGACAGCCAGCCUGCCUGCCUGCCUUUGCGCCUCAGUCCCCAAGAAACUUGGGCCAGUCCAGGAAGAGGGGCGCACUCAAGAAAUUCCUUGGCUAUCUGUCCUUGCUUUGAAGGAUAAGAAGAGUGAGUGUACCAGGCCUGGGUCUGUUGAGGAACGGUCACCAGAUGUCUGAAGAAAGCACUGUGAGAAUUCCCAAUUCCGAAGGUUGUGAGAAAGCCUCAUUUUCUUUGCCUUAGCAGCCAUGCAGGACUGCAGAUGCCUGACUGGAUAACCAGCAUGUUUCUGGCAGCUGAGGUAUCUUGGCCCAUGCUAUGGUUCUACUUCCAAGCUCUCUUCUUCCUCCUCUUCUGUGUCCCUUCCUAUUGUACUUCCUGCCCUGAGCAGUGUCAGUGUACCAACUCCUCAGAGGCAACAGCAGUUCUGUGCAGCGCCAGCAACCUGCAAGAGAUCCCAAGAGAUAUUCCCAAAGACACCAUGUUUCUAAAGCUGGACGCAAAUAAAAUCACUGCUGUUCCCAACAGCACGUUCCGGCACCUUGCCCACUUACAAGAGAUAGACCUGUCUAAAAAUGCCAUUGAGAAGAUCGAUUCUGCAGCAUUCAAGGGAGUUGCCGAUGGCUUGAGGCUUCUGGAUCUCUCUGGGAAUCACAUUCAGAGGAUCCCAAAGGAAGCCCUGGUCAACUUGAAUGCCAUGAUCCGCCUGUCCAACAACCCCUGGCAUUGUGAAUGUACUUUACAGGAAGUCUUGUGGGAAGUGAAACUAGACCCUGACUCGGUCAAUGAGACCACCUGCCAAACAUCUGUGCAAGAAGAAUAUACUGGGAAGCCUCUGCUCCAUAUCCUUGAUUCCCGCUUUUGCAACAUGCACCAGAAAACCACAGAUGUUGCCAUGUUUGUUACCAUGUUCAGCUGGUUUACCUUGGUCAUUAGCUAUGUGGUCUACUAUGUCCGGCAUAACCAAGAGGACACAAGGAAGCACUUGGAGUACCUGAAAUCACUGCCUAGCACAAGGGUUCCUAAAGAAACUAUCAGCAUGAUCCUGUGAUCCAGGAAGGGUGACUGGAUUACAGAGUUUGUUUUCUUGGGUGGGACGUGGAACUUUGAUUUCCUACUUGUUCUGUAAGAACUUUUCUACAUGUUUAAUAGCAUGGGGAAAAUUGUGUGUUAAUAUAAAUGUAGAACGAAUGUCCAAACCAAAGUUUCCCAUAUGGUGUACUAGGAUACCAGCAGUGGCUCUAUAAAGCUCUGUAAAGAGAGCUCUAUAAAGAGAUCUGCUAUCCAGAACAACAUUUUAACUCUAAGGUGCGGACACCAUUAAUGUGCAGUCAAGUUUUAAUUUGGAGAGAUCCAAAGGGCCCUGAGUGGAGUUACCGAAAGAUACUAAUGAUCUCAUGGUUGACUUUUGCUUGGAGCUACCACAAAAAAAAGCACUUCCAGGAGCAUUCAGACCCACAGAACGGUCCUGCCUCCAAAUUCAUACAUUUUGUUGGUGCGCAUGCGUGCACAUGUGUGCGCACACAUGCACAGAUUGAUGUAGUGUUUAAUAGGAUGUUUGUGGAGCAUGUGUGUUUAUGGGUUGAUAUUCCUUGCCUUAGAAAACCCUAUUUAAUUAAUAGGAUUGCCAUAAGUCAACAGGCAACUUGAAGGCACAUACACAGAAUGCUUCCCUUAAUCUUACCUGCUACAGUGUCUCUGGAGCUAACACCUCUUUUUUUCUGUUGCUGAUUUUUCUUCAAUGUAUUAUUGUUACAAUGGGACAAAAAAGUGCCAGAGAGGCCUAUCUGUGCAUAUGUUACACUCUCUCCAGUGCUGAAUAGGUUCCAUCCUAGG